AUGCCUCAGCGGAAGUACUCGGCGGAUUCGGCUGCUGAACUGACCGCCACCUCUUGCCACUCCAGCACUUCUUCCGAGUACAUUCCCCUCAGUCGGAAGAUUGCUCAGCACGUGGCCACCAGUGACACUCCGUUCUUCUCGGUGGAGUUUUUCCCGCCCAAAAGUAAGGCCGCUGCCGUCAACCUGAUUGCCCGUUUUGACGCCUUUCGCGCGCUGGGCCCGCUUUUCGCGGACAUUACCUGGCAUGCAGCGGGCAAUCCCGAGGGCGAAUGCGAGACGAGCUCCAUCACCAUCGCCGGCUGUGCGCUGAACUACUGCGGCCUGAACACCAUGCUGCACAUUACCUGCAUUGGCAUGAGCCGGGAGCGGCUGGCCGGCUGCCUGGAGCGGGCGAAGGCCAUCGGCAUACGGAACAUACUGGCGCUGAGGGGCGACAAGAACCAAAGCGAGAAGGCGACGGACUUUACCUACGCCGCGGACCUGGUGCGGUACAUUCGAAAGGAGUACGGCGACUACUUUACGAUCGCCGUGGCCGGUUACCCGACGACUCACCCUGAAUCGGCGAGCCGAGCCUCGGACCUAGCUUUUCUGAAGGAGAAGGUGGACGCCGGCGCCGAUUUUAUCAUCACGCAGCUCUUCUUUGAGGUGGAGGUUUUCGCCCGCUUUGUGGCCGAUUGUCGCGCCCUGGGCAUCACCGUGCCCAUCCUCCCCGGGGUGAUGCCCAUUCAGAACUACGACUCGCUGGAGAAGAUUGCCCGCGUCAGCGGGCUGGUCAUUCCGGAGCGCAUCCUCGCGGACAUUGCCCCGCUGAAGAACAAUGACGAGGCGGUGCGGGCGUACGGCGUGGAGUGGACCGUGGAGCUGUGCAGGCAGCUGCUGGCCGUUCCUGGGUUGACGCCGGGAAUUCACUUUUACACUCUGAAUCGAGAGCAGGCGACGGUGAGCAUUGUGAAGGCGCUGGGGCUGGGCGCCGUUGGAUGUUCCUCGAGGAGGAAGGUGCAGAAGCCGCUGCCGUGGCUGCCGCCGGCGAACCAUCGGCGCUGUAAGGAGACGGUUCGCCCCAUCUUUUGGUCGUCGAGGCCGAAGAGCUACGUCUGCCGCACCAAAACCUGGGACGAGUUCCCCAACGGCCGCUGGGGCCACGUCGACUCGCCCGCCUUCGGCAACCUCAACGACUACUACCUCUUCCUGGAGCCGAAGAAGGGCCGGGAGGCGCUGCUGGCGAUGUGGGGCUACGAGCUGACGGCGGAGGCGGACGUCUGGGAGGUCUUUCACUGCUACAUUAGCGGGACGGCCAACCGCUACGGCCACCCGGUGCCGGCCAUUCCCUGGAACGAGGAGGCCGAUUUGAGGUCGGAGACGUCGGUCAUUCUCGAUCGGCUCUCGGCUUGCAACCAGGCGGGCAUCCUCACCAUCAACUCGCAGCCCAAUGUCAACGGUGCCCCCUCAACGGAUCCGGUCUUUGGCUGGGGCUCAGAGGGUGGCUAUGUUUAUCAGAAGGCCUACGUCGAGUUCUUCCUCAGCCGAGCCCUCACCGACCAGCUGCUGGCCGUUCUGGAGCAGUACCCCAAUGUCAAUUACCAGGUAGUGAAUCGCAGCGGCGACCACUUUGUGACCAACUGCUCGGAGAGCGAGCCCAUAGCCGUCACCUGGGGCGUCUUUCCCGGGAAGGAGAUCAUCCAGCCGACCAUUGUCGACAUUGUUAGCUUUCAAGUGUGGAAGGACGAGGCCUUCAGCCUGUGGAUGGACAAGUGGGCGGCGAUCUACCCGGAGGAGAGCGCCUCGCGGGCCAUUCUAAAGGACAUUACCGAGAACUACUGUCUGGUGAAUCUGGUUGAUAAUGACUACCCACGGGAGACGGUUCUGUGGGAGGUGCUCGAGGAGACUCUGAGACGGCAGAAGGAGCAGGAACUGCAGAAGGAGAAACAGCAGCAACUCCAGCAAUGA